AUGGGCAACCAAUCUUCCAAAGAGGGCGGCUCCAAAAACGGCGGCGGAGACGGCCUCCAAUCUUAUCCUUCCUUUAGCAAGUCGGAUACCAAAGACUCGACUCGAUCUUUCCGUGGGCUGCGGUCUAAAAUCCCCGGCAGCGGUAAGACUGACAGCCCGAGAAACUCGGUUGUGCUCAACGGCGACGAUGCUGCUUCAGUCAAGUCUGGUAGGAGCGGUCGCUCCAGCAUCUCCCGCUCCGGCAAAAGCACCGACACGAUCCCGCUGAGAAGCCCCUCGACCGACCUAUCCGCAGCGAAUUCAAACGAAGACGGGCUGCCCCCGCCGUCCCCAGUGUCCGAAUCAGUCAUGAGUGGCGCGCACGAUGUGAGCGCUGCACAGGCUUCUGGCGAAGUUGACCACGUUUCCGACCAGCCUCCGUCGGCCAACGCCAGCCUCAAUACGCAUUUACUCCCUCCGGGCCAGUCCAUUCUAGUGAAGCGAGCGGACACUCCCGUCAAGAAGCCUAAGAAGCCCAAGAAUGAUGCCAUGGGCAUGGACGAAAUCAAGGAGAUGGACCUUGAUGACUAUAUUAAGAGACUACUCGACGCUGGGUACGCCGGCAAGGUCACCAAGAGCGUAUGUCUCAAGAACGCGGAAAUCAUGGCUAUAUGUGCUCGAGUCCGAGAGAUCUUCUUGGCCCAGCCCGCGCUACUGGAGCUCGAUGCGCCCGUCAAAAUCGUUGGAGACGUGCAUGGGCAAUAUACUGACCUCAUUCGUAUGUUUGAGAUGUGCGGAUUUCCCCCAACGUCCAACUACCUCUUCCUCGGAGACUAUGUCGAUCGAGGGAAGCAAUCUCUCGAAACAAUCCUGCUCCUGCUCUGCUACAAGCUCAAAUUCCCCGAAAACUUCUUUCUGCUUCGAGGAAACCACGAGUGUGCCAACGUGACCCGAGUCUACGGUUUCUAUGACGAAUGUAAGCGAAGGUGCAACAUUAAAGUCUGGAAGACCUUUAUCGAUUGCUUCAAUACGCUUCCGAUUGCUGCCAUUGUGGCCGGAAAGAUCUUUUGUGUCCAUGGAGGCCUGUCGCCUGCUUUGAGCCACAUGGACGAUAUUCGCAACAUCGCACGGCCCACCGACGUUCCCGACUACGGGUUGCUGAAUGACCUUCUGUGGGCUGAUCCGGCCGAUAUGGAGCAAGAUUGGGAAGCAAAUGAGCGAGGAGUCAGUUAUUGUUUUGGAAAGAAGGUUAUCACCGAUUUCCUCGCAACUCAUGACUUUGACUUGGUCUGCCGCGCCCACAUGGUGGUAGAAGACGGGUAUGAAUUCUUUAACGAUCGAGUAUUAGUCACAGUGUUUAGCGCACCAAAUUAUUGCGGUGAAUUCGAUAAUUGGGGUGCAGUCAUGUCCGUAUCGUCCGAGUUGCUUUGCAGCUUUGAGCUUCUCAAACCUCUCGACUCUAGUGCUCUAAAGAGCCACAUUAAGAAAGGCCGGAAUAAGCGUCAGCAAAUGCUUAACAGUCCUCCUGCACUGGUCAUGCCUCAGAGUGUCUAAUGACGCGAAUUUUCAAGAGAACUGUGCUCUCUUUACUCACUCUCCUCUCUCAAUAUUUGCAUUCUAUUUUUUUUUCCAACGACAAAAAAAAAAGAAACUAGGAGGCGGCUUGAAGUUGCCAGCAGGCAACACCAUACAUCUUAUACCAUAUUCUCAGGAAAGGGGACUAUGUGUCCAUGUGAUUGAUAUGGCAAGGCAACACAGUAUGUGGCCACUAUAGCCACGGGGUAAUAACCGUGGCGAGGAAUUGACUGGCUUAUCUGAACGGUAAAACGUAAUUGUCUGAGCCAAGACCUGAAACGGUCUCUUGGCAUCACGCCCUGCUAUGGGCCGCAUUUCUUUUGGGCAGGCGGAAAUUAUUCUUUGUUUGCUUUAUUCUUUUCUCUCCUUUUUCAAUACAUGUCGGCGCCAUGAACGUGGGAGGAUCAAUGGGUAGAUGAACAAGACUUUGUAGCAGAUAGGAUCUAUAACCAUGGCAUUGGGGAAUUGUUCACUGGAGCUCUAUACAAUAUGGGCUCACGCUGGGGGUCUCUGAGACGUCCACCGCAAUUUUAGAUUACGCGCCUACUUGUUUGAGCCAACUUUUGGUAGAAACAUUCAAAAUGGGGCUUUUUUUCUU